AUGACGACAUCAUUAUCAAAUCAACAAGUUCGCCGUGAAAUAGUAAUAAAUUUCAUUGAAGAACCACUACCUACAACCCAGACUAUACAUAUUCCUAAUUCAAUACGUCAGUUAUGUGGCUCAAUAAUUCCUUCGAAUACAAAUCUACGACCGUCCUCUUUCAGUUGUCCUCGUUUAAUGAAAUAUAGGAAUCUUGGUCGUAAUGGACUGCGUGUUUCUCAAUUUGGCUUUGGUACAUGGGUUACAUUUGGUGGACAGAUAUCAGACGAAGUUGCUGAAGAACUAGUCACGAUUGCGUAUGAAAACGGAAUCAACUUUUUUGAUACAGCCGAAGUUUAUGCAGCUGGAAAAGCGGAAAUCACACUUGGAAAAAUCUUAAAAAAGAAAAAAUGGAAAAGAACAACUUAUGUUGUAUCGACUAAAUUAUACUGGGGCGGAAAAGCGGAAACAGAAAAAGGCCUUUCACGUAAACAUAUCAUUGAAGGUUUACGGUUAAGUCUUGACCGUUUGCAACUUGAAUAUGUUGAUAUUGUAUUUGCAAAUAAACCUGAUAGUUCAGUACCAAUGGAGGAGAUCGUGCGAGCAUUUACACAAGUUAUCAAUGAUAAUCUUUGUUUUUAUUGGGGAACAUCACGAUGGUCACCGAUUGAGAUUAUGGAAGCCUAUUCAGUUGCUCGUCAAUUUAACUUGAUUCCUCCGAUAUGCGAACAAGCUGAAUAUCAUUUGUUUCAACGUGAAAAAGUCGAAAUGCUUCUACCAGAUGUUUUUCAUAAAAUAGGAAUCGGAACGAUGACUUGGUCGCCAUUGGCUUGUGGUUUGUUAACAGGCAAAUAUGAAGAUGGAGUGCCUGUACACUCACGGGCAUCACUUCGAGGUUACGGAUGGUUGAAAGAAAAAGUUUUGAGUGAAGACGGACGAAAACAACAAAAUAAAUUACGAGAACUAACACUCUUAGCAUCAACACUUGAUUGCACAAUUGCCCAAUUAGCUAUUGCAUGGUGUUUAAAAAACGACAAUGUGCAUUGUGUUCUACUCGGUGCAUCAACUGCUGACCAGUUAUAUGAGAAUCUGAAUUCUCUACAAGUUGUUUCAAAACUAACUCCAUCGAUAAUGAUGGAUAUCGAUCGAAUACUCGGAAAUAAACCAAGUGUUCAGAUGGUAAUUAAAAAUGAAACAGUUCAAACUCAACAGCGAUAG